GAAGAGUGCAAAGUGUCAUUUUUAUUUUAGUCCAUUUCAUUUAAUGUUUGUUGGCGGGUGUAAAAUGAGUUAAAGAGUAGUUGUAGGCUUCAGUGCCCCUGUAGUUCAGCAGCCCUGUUCACGCGUGGCUGUCACUGCCGAUGGGUCUUUGAGCAAGACACUGCAUGAUGGGACCUAACCCCUCACCCGUCUCCCGGGAUAAACGCGUCAGCUAAAAGCGUUAAAUGCGAAAGCCUCUGUGAAGACUCAGAAGAAGGGAUUAAAAUCCGCAACGCUGGGAUGUUAAGACUGCAUUAGACCUGAAUCCUCUCCGCCAGCUGCACGUCGCCCGUGGCUAGAUCAGAAUUUCAUGGAAAAAAACUGCACAGAUGCGCCCACAUCAGUCCAUUUUAUGUCGAUCUUCUGCAAAUGUCAUUUUCCUUUAAGAUGAUGUAAGACAUCACUUUACGGGACGGUUUUUUCCCCUCUCUCUUUCUUGCACAGCUUAGAGCAACAUUAUCUUAAACCUUCGGCCGGACCAAGCGUUUCCGCUCUCAGCAGUUUGGAGAGAUGGGUGCGCACAGGAGUCCCGCUUCCAUCCUCCACUCUGUGAGCAGCCUCGGAGCAUCUUUCAGCAUCCCAUUUGUGAAGAGCAACGCUCAGUAGCAGGAUGAUGGGAUGCACGCACAGUCUACAGUUUAUCUUGCACUGAUGUGAUUGAACUAGAAGCCAAGCGCAAGAGGGUGAAUCUCUCCAGAGAAACUUAGGUGAAUUUUUUUUUUUUUUUUUUUACUUUUUGAUGGUAGGAAAUUUCAGAGUGAAGUGAGGAUUAUAUUAUUUUUAAGUCACAGCCAUGACCCAUCGCAGUGGAUGCGUGUAACACGAUGCUGGUUAUGAUAAUCGAUCCUGUUCAAAAAAGGAUUCACCGUGGGCAGGCACAUUUACGCAUGGGGUUAAUGGAUAUACUGUAGGCACACCUUUGGGAUUGUUUGUCAUGAGACCAUGGAUGUGAAGACUGCAGCCUGAAUCAAGACUGUGCUUUGGAUCUGAGUGCAUCAACACCAUGCAGCUACACCCCACACCCUGAACUUCUGGGACGUUUGCGCGACGCGAUCGAGACUCAGAUUUCUUGCAAGAUCUGCAAAAAAUGGCACUGAGCGAAAACUGCAAAACGCAACCUGCAAAAGAGCAAGGCUCUGUGCAAAACCCCCCAUCGGAUGUCAUUGAGCUAAAUGUGGGUGGACAGGUGUAUUACACUCGCCAUGCCACCUUGACAAGCUUUCCAAAUUCCUUACUUGGAAAGCUGUUUUCUAACAAGAAGGGGUCUUCAAAUGACUUGUCCCGGGACCUUAGAGGACGCUAUUUUAUUGACAGAGAUGGCUUUCUGUUUCGGUAUGUACUGGAUUACCUUAGAGACAAGCAAGUUGUCCUGCCUGACCACUUCCCUGAGAGGGGGAGGCUAAAAAGAGAGGCGGAAUACUUCCAGCUGCCAGAAUUGGCCAAACUUUUGUCAUCCGAGGAGUCAAAACUAUUUCCAGACGACUUGUGCUACAGUGAUUUCGAUGAUGUGUCGCAGGGCAGCGACCAGAGGUUUUACCCCUCUUACUCCUUGGACAGGAGGUAUGGCUACAUCACAGUCGCUUUCAAAGGCGUUUGCGCGGCAGGAGGCAGAGAAAGUCAAAGUGAUGCCAAAGCCAAAAAGUUACCGCGGAUCUUCAUCAGCAGCAGGAUCGGCUUGGCAAAAGAGGUGUUUGGAGACGCCCUGAAUGAGAACAGGGACACCGACAGACCACCGGACCGCUACACCUGCAGGUUUUACCUCAAGUUCAGGCACUUGGAGAGAGCUUUUGACAUGCUGUCAGAGAGCGGCUUUCACAUUGUGGCCUGCAAUUCGUCUCUGACUGCGACUUCCAUCGGUCAUUACGCGGAUGACAGGGUCUGGUCCAAUUACGCACAGUACAUCUUCUACCGCGGGCCCUCUAGGUGGUCGUCUUCUCACUGUGACUGCUGCUGCAAGAGCCACAAAAGUGAGCGUGAGGGAGAGAGCGGCACUUCCUUCAACGACCUCUCCACGUCCUGUUCUGAGACCCAGUCAGAGGCCAGUUCCCCUCAAGGAACCGUGAUCCGUGGCCCCGUGAGACGGCAGCCCAACAUCCAGACACUGGACCGCCACAUGCCAAAAGGACCAGUUCAUAUGCUGCAACAGGCAGAGAUGCGCCGCAAGACUGACAUGCUCCGCGUGAGAACCUUCGGGGUCCGGGAACGAGAGGCAGCGAAGAGGAAAGCAAAUAAGGAGAAGAUGACUCCUGAGCAGGAGCUGGAGAAAUGCAUUCAGGACUUCCGGCGCAUUAGGAUUCCUGAUCACUUUCCAGAGAGGAAGUACAUGUGGCAAUCAGAGCUCCUGAGAAAGUACCGUCUCUAAAUACGAGUGUGAAGAAGAGAAAAGACAGGCGAAAGAAAGAGAGAUGGUACUGUAGUAUCAUGUCAACAUCAGUGGAGAGUAUUAACUGCAUAGGCAAUAGACUGCACCCUCUCAGACACAUACUGUACUAAAAAAAACUAUGGCCACUUUUCUGCCAGCAUGACUAGAGGAGCACACACAGUACAAGGCAGCGUGAGUCAUUGAUUUGUGACGUAUGCACAGUGUUGUGUAUGAUAUGCACAUGUGUAAAUCAGGUUACUCCUGUUGGGGCUUACAUCGCUAACCCUGUUCUCAACUCAGAGAGCUGGGAGCCAGGCAUACUAAAGGCUACUGCUAUAUCACUAGUUGAAGCAACAAAGCAACCUCAGGGGCAACAUCAUAUCAAUUCAUCAACUUAACACAUAUUGUAUGUGCAAUUGCCCUCAAUAGCUGUUUUUUAAAUGGAUGUACCCAGAUGGUGCUGUGAGUUAGCAAUGGAAUAUCACUAUACUCCACUGAUAACACAUAUACUUAUAGUAAGCUUUGGUAACGGCACUGCAUGUCAUUUCACCCUUAGCAUAAUUAUGCAAUAUCAAACAAAAUUUCAAUUCACUGUUUAGUGUGAUGGGUAAACAUGGUGUGAUAUGACUGAGACUAACGUAAAUGAGGAAAGCACUGCCUAGAUAUGUUUGCCAUUGUGAAAAUUUUUGUCUAAUGUCAUUAUGUGUUGGAUAGACGAUGUUGUGUAGGUAGAAUAUAAUGCCAAUGGAUAUUGAUCUAAUUCUUGAUUGUAAGUGUGCAAAAAAGCUAAUAAAUGCGUUAGAAUUGUA